CCCGACCCGAGACUCUAAGAGAACUCUGGAAAACGGCCUCCCGACGUACGAGAACGACGAAGUGUACCCGUCGUGGCGGCAGCGAGGCGCCCCGGCAGCCCCGUUCCGCGCAGCGGCUCCCGGGGGGCGAAGGCCCGGCCACCCGCGCGCGGGUGAGCGCGGCAGCCGUCGAGCGCUCGGGGGCUCAGAGGGUCGGGCUGCCGUGAGGGCUGGGAUCAAAGAGAGAGAGGGAGAGAGAGAGAGAGAGAUUGGGGAAAAAACAGAAGGAGAGAGAGAGAGGGAGAGAAGGAUUGAUCGCUGGCACAAAGGCGGGGCGCGAGAAGGGCACCAACUGUUACCAGCAGCGCCCCGAAAAUCGCCCCACCUUGAAGAGACGGGCAGGGGCCCGGGCGAUGCGGAGGCAAGGCCAUUUAGCCCGCCUGGGUCGGGCCGGGCUAGCGAAGAAACACAAAUCCUACCGAUGCACUUUGGGGGCUCGACCAAUGCUGCGAUCGCUGCCCUCUUCGAAGGAGCAGCCCCCCGUGCCCCGCACCGGUGCGGGAGUGCAGCGGCCCCUGGAGGCGCACGCGGCGCGGCCGCGGAGGCACGAACGAAGACUCCACGCCGCCAGCCGCCUCCCUCGAGAGCCCGCCCGGCCUGCGGCCGCUCGCCUCGAGCAGCGCUCGAGCGACGGCGGGGCGCCGCCGAGGCGGAUCGUGCCGCGGGGAGGCCCACGGGCGCGUCGAGAGAGGGAGGAGGGCGCGGGGGCAGGGGGCGCCACGCACCGAACCUGCAGCCCCCGCGCGUGAGCGCCGGAGGGCGCUAGCGGCGCGGGGGCGGAAGUCCUCGAGGGAGCCGCGGGAGACGAGGUCGGAAGACCGAGGGGAGGGAAGGAGGAGAGGAGGGGGGGCGGCGAGCGCGUGCACGGCGGGUGGGCCCCUACCUGGCCCAGCUCGGCGCCGAGGCCCGCGGGGGCCGCACGCUGCGCGCGGCGCCGCCCGCACGCGUCGCGC